ACCCGGGCGGUCCAAGCGACCCGCUGCUCCCUUCCAGCGCCCCGGCCUUCGCGCAUCUCCUCGCAGCGCUCGGUGCCUGGGAGGAAGGCUGAGGUGCAGGCCGCCAUGACGCUGCGUGCGGCCGUGUUCGACCUGGACGGGGUCCUGGCGCUGCCCCCGGUCGUCAGCUCGUGGGGCCGUACCGAGGAGGAGCUGGCGCUGCCCAGAGGCUUUCUGAAUGAAGCUUUCAUGAAAGGAGGCCGGGAUGGUUCCAGUGCCCGUGUGAUGAGGGGAGAGAUCACAUUUUCCCAGUGGAAGCCAUUAAUGGAAGAAAACUGCAGGAAAUGCUCUGAGGACUCUGGAAUCUGCCUCCCUGAGAAUUUCUCUGUAAAUCUGAUCUUUGACAAGGCACUUUCAGCAAGAAAGAUCAACCACCCCAUGCUUCAGGCAGCUCUCACCCUCAAAAAGAAGGGAUUUACAAUCUGCAUCCUCACCAACAACUGGCUGGAUGACAGCUCCCAGAGAGGCAGCCUGGCCCAGAUGAUGUGUGAGCUCAAGCUGCACUUCGACUUCCUGAUUGAGUCGUGCAGGAUUGGAAUGGCCAAGCCUGAGCCUCAGAUCUACAAGUUCGUGCUGGACACAUUGAAGGCCAGCCCCAAUGAGGUGGUUUUCUUAGAUGACUUCGGGGUUAAUCUGAAGCCGGCCCGUGACCUGGGGAUGGUCACCAUCCUGGUCCGCGACACUGACACGGCCCUGAAGGAGCUGGAGAAAGUAACCGGGGUGCAGCUUCUCCAGACAGUGGCCCCCCGACCAACCUCCUGCGACCCGAGCACCGUGAGCCACGGGUACGUGCCCAUAAAGCCUGGGGUGCGUCUACAUUUUGUGGAGCUGGGCUCUGGCCCUGCCGUGUGUCUCUGCCAUGGGUUUCCCGAGAGCUGGUUCUCUUGGAGGUACCAGAUCCCUGCUCUGGCCCAGGCAGGCUUCCGGGUACUCGCUGUGGACAUGAAAGGCUAUGGAGAGUCGUCUGCUCCUUCUGAAAUAGAAGAAUAUUCCGUGGAAGUAUUAUGCAAGGAAAUGGUCACCUUCCUGGAUAAGUUGGGCAUCUCUCAAGCCGUGUUCAUCGGCCACGACUGGGGCGGCGCGCUGGUGUGGAACAUGGCUCUUUUCUACCCCGAGAGAGUGAGGGCAGUGGCCAGCCUGAAUACUCCCUUCAUACCAGCGCAUCCCAAUGUGUCCCCAAUGGAGAGAAUCAAAGCCAAUCCGGCCUUUGAUUACCAGCUCUACUUCCAGGAACCAGGAGUGGCUGAGGCUGAACUGGAACAGAACCUGAAUCGGACUUUCAAAAGCUUCUUCAGAUCAAGUGAUGAGACUUUUCUCGCCGUGAACAGAGUCUGUGAAAUGGGAGGACUCUUUGUGAAAACCCCAGAGGAGCCCAGCCUCAGCAAGAUGGUCACCGAGGAGGACAUCCAAUUCUAUGUGCAGCAGUUCAGGAAGUCUGGUUUCAGGGGGCCCUUAAACUGGUACCGAAACAUGGAAAGGAACUGGCAGUGGGGCUGCAAAGCCUCGGGAAGGAAGAUCCUGAUUCCAGCCCUGAUGGUCACCGCAGAGAAGGACUUCGUGCUCGUUCCUGAGAUGUCCAGGCAUAUGGAGGACUGGAUCCCCCACCUGAAAAGGGGACACAUAAAGGAUUGUGGACACUGGACACAGAUGGAGAAGCCCACCGAGUUGAAUCAGAUCCUCACUGAGUGGCUGGAGACUGACGCCAGGGACCCGCCAGUGGUCUCGAAGCUUUAGGGUAUGACUUGUGUCAGCCACCAGCAGGCGCUCCGACUGCUUCACCUGCUGGGAUGCUGCUCUGGUACCCAGAUGGGGCCUGCCCCACAUCUCUCAUAACCAGCAGCGUUAUUUCGAAGGAGUUUGCAGCAAAGCGUGAUUUUCUUUAAAUGAGUCAAAUUUGACAUAAUUUUAGAUACAGGAAAAAUCAUGUGAUUAAUUUUAAUGAUGUAAAAUCAGUAAUUUAGAAGCAUUUUGGCUGAGAUGGGAACUCCUUUAUUCAAUAAAGCAAAGACA